AUGCCACCGCCGAGGCCUAGGAGCUCGCGUCGGCAGAAUCGCCCACGCGUGGCUGAGGAUGCCAGGCUUCGUGCGAAACGUGCAUGUGUAGGAUGUCGGAGAUUGAAAGAGAAGUGCGACGGCCACGAGCCAUGCUCUAGAUGUCUUCGAUGUGGUCGGGAUUGUCAGUUUAGCACAAUCGCUGUUGCGGCUUCAGCUCCUUCCUCCAGCCGCGCUACUGCUGCUGCUGCUGCUGCUGCUCCUCCGUCAAAAGUUGGCGAUGCCAAUGAAACAGAGCGUGUGCAAUGUCUCGAGCGGCUCGUCACUCAUUUUCUGGGUGACAUACCCUUGGACGUCAACAACUUACGUCGCAUAACGGAGCGUUUGAAGACGGGUCCUGGAUCCAACAACGCUACGGGAUAUAUAGACUGGGAAGACCUUGAAGGACUUACUCUAGAAGACGAAAGCUUCACUGUCAAGACGCUGUCUCCCGGUACCGCUCACUAUUCUGGCGAAUUUUCGCACUGGAACUUUUCGCAAAGAAUUCGGCAGCAGCUUGAUCAGAGGCUCGACCACAACCAGUCGGCCAUCCAGUGGCAAGGGCUGAAUGAACCGCCUGCCUCUGUCCCUGUUAAUGACUCAAUGCGAGGCACAAUGAAGGUCCUGGAAUACUGGCGAGCAACUCAGCUCCAGUCUCCAAAUUCGCACGUCAUGGAUGCUUUGAACUGUUUGCCUCCCCGCCGAGUUGCCGAGUUUCUCGCCCACAUAUACUUUCAAUUCGCCCAGGUCAACUGCUUCUUCGUUGAAGAAGGGUGGUUGCGCGAGAAGCUAGCAGCCUUAUACGAAGGGUCGAAUCCAACCAGCGCUGAUUCCGCCUGGGUUUGUGCUGUCAUAAUGGUACUUGGAAUUGGGACGCAAUUCGCACACAUGGCUACCGGACCAUCGAAGAGUCCUCCGAUUAUCAAAAAUGGGAAAGACAGCGAGCUAGUCUCAGAGCCUGACGUGAGCCUGACUUUUUAUCAGAUGGCAGCCAGGCUUAUUCCGGAUAUCAUCGCUAUCGCAUCGCUGGACAGUGUGCAAGCCUGCCUUCUGUUGGCUCACUACUCACUACCUCUAGAUACACAGGGACUGGCUUACACAUAUCUGGGCUUAGCCGUUAAGAUGGCCAUUCAAAACGGAAUGCAUCGAAGAUACACGGGAAAUGAUCUAGAUGCCUCCACUGUCGAAAACAGAAACAGGCUGUGGUGGACUGCUUAUACGAUGGAGAAGCGCGUGAGCAUACUUCAUGGAAGGCCGGCAUCAAUCACAUCGACUGAAAUAGAUGUGCAACUCCCCAGAGACUUGCCCGAGUUCAGGCAGUAUGAAGACCCCUCGAAGUUCCCCAACAUGUCCGCAAUGAUCUACAUGACGCAGCGGUUGGGCGACAUUUCCACUGCUGUCACCCUCCUCAGGAGAUGCCCCAAGGCACUCCAGCCGACUUACUUUGAGAGGGUUCUUGACGUCUGCCAAAAGCUCAAAACCUGGUGGCUGACACUUCCACCCGAUGUUCAAACUCCGAACCCCAUCUCGCCGCUCUUUCGAUCGAAUUCUCACCUCAAGCUCUGUUUUCACAUUAACGACAUUUUUGUGGGCCGUCCAUUCAUAUUCCACGACUCCAAGCAAGCUUCCCCUCGUGCUAUGCGAGACCAGCCAUCUGCUAACCCCGGCCGAAGUAGCAGCCGGGCAUCACUAGUGUCAGGUGCCGUGGCGGCGGCUUUCGAGGUUAUUGAACUGCUCGGAUCUCUACAAGACACCAUUGGUCUUGCCCGUGCUAGCUACACUGAGUUUAGCUCAUGUCGUGCAGCCUUACUGGUCAUGUUGGCUCAGAGCCUCAAUGAGCGUACCGAACGCCUCGGUGCCAUGAUUGAGAUGGGUAUGCGAAUAAUCAAAAGCAUGGCUGCAGGCAGCAAUGUUUCAGCUCGGUCAGAGACUUCAGUCAUCAUUGCGCUUGAACUGGCUGUACGACGCCUCUACAAGGAUGGGGAUGGAAAUCCCGGCGUAGCUUCCGUGUCUGUCAACGAGGACACCGUUGACAACCAGCGGAGUGGCUACGAACGCUUCAAGGAAUGGGCCUCACUGUGCAAGGGUGCAACACUCCCACCUAGCGCCCGAAGCCCAAUUUACCGAUCCUUUACACCAGCUGGCUUUACACAGUAUCAAUUCAUGGCAGCCAUCCGCGGAGGUUGCCCCUGA